ACACACCCUCAUUCGCAGAGGGCACACAGACACACACACAUAUCCUCUCACAUACUCACUCACAGCUGUUGAUACUUCUCUCUCUGAGAACACCGGGACAGCCGAGGAGCAGAGCCCGCAGGAACCUGGGAGAAUCUGCUGGCUGCUGGCUGCUCAACCAACGAGCAUCUGUAUGGAAAAUCUGGACAGACAAGUGAACCAGAACCGGUUUUCUGAUCGCAGCCUGGCUCUCACUUUCUAUCGUUCAUAUCCCGCUCUUUCUCUCUCAUUCUCCUUCUCGUCUUUCCCGGCUUCUCUCUGUGUUGGAAAUUGAGCGCAGACAGCCAUCAACAGAGAAAAACAGAGACAUGUGUUUUACCUCAGCCGCCUACUACUACUGCCUGUUCUCUCCCAUUCACUGACCAAGGAAGAAAUACAAGGUGAGAGUCCAAACAGCAGCCAUAGUGCGAGAGAGUGAGGUGAAGCAGGCAUGAGUGUGGACAGCCAUCAGGGGGUGGUAACGACCCCUCCCCCACCCAAUGGAGGGACUAAGGAGCGCUACUUCGACCGGGUCAACGUCAACGAUCCGGAGUACAUCAGGGCCAAGAACAUGUCACCUGACCUCCGGCAGGACUUCAAUGUUCUGGAGCAGAAGAAACGUGUCACACAGAUCUUACAGAGCCCCGCCUUCAAGGAGGAGUUGGAGAGUCUGAUCCAGGAGCAGCAGCGGAAGGGGAACAACCCCACCGGCCUGCUGGCCCUCAGACAGAUUGCUGACUUCUUCAUGGCCAGCUCAGUGGCUGGCUUCAACACCUCCCCCCUCAGUCUGGGGAUGGUCACUCCCAUCAACGACAUGUACGGAGUGGAAUCCACCACAAUGGUGAAAGGCGAAAAGCUGACACGCUGUAAAGUGGCCAGCCUCUACAGACUGGUGGACCUGUUCAGCUGGGCCCACUUUGCCAACUCCUACAUCACAGGUCGAGUCAGUAAAGAGCAAGACCACAUCCUCAUCAUCCCCAGAGGACUGUCAUUUUCUGAGGCGUCUGCAUCCAACCUGGUAAAGGUCAACAUCAUCGGUGAUGUGAUCGAACAGGGCUCCACCAACCUGAGGAUCGACCCCGCAGGUUUUAGCCCCCACGCUGCCAUCUACUCCAUGCGUCCAGAUAUCCGCUGCAUCAUACAUGUGCACACUCCUGCCACAGCUGCCGUGUCAUCUAUGAAGUGUGGCAUCCUGCCAAUUUCCCAGGAGGCAUUGAUCCUGGGUGAUAUCGCCUACUAUAACUACCAGGGCAGCCUGGACGACCAGCAGGAGCGCAGAGAGCUGCAGAAGGCCCUGGGGCCUACGACGAAGGUUUUGGUGCUGAGGAAUCAUGGUGUGGUUGCUCUCGGGGAAACCAUUGAAGAGGCCUUUCACUACAUCUACAAUGCCCAGUAUGCCUGUGAAAUCCAGGUGAAUGCCAUCUCGUGUGCUGGCGGUGUCGACAACCUGAUAGUGCUGGACCAGGAGAAGUACAAAUCACGAGUGCACGGCGUGGCCGCAGCGGCUGCUGUCAACAUGGCCGGCCAGUACAAGUGGAAGGUUGGCGAGCUGGAGUUUGAGUCUCUGAUGAGGAUGCUGGAUAACCUGGGCUACAGGACAGGUCACGCCUACAGGCACCCCAUCGUUCGAGACAAGCCGAGGCACAAGAGCGACGUGGAGAUCCCCGCCACAGUCACAGCAUUCAUGUUCGAGGAGGACGGGGACAACUGUGCCACACGGCUGCCCUUCAAGUUCCUGCAGCAGCGGCAGCAGAGGGAGAAGACGCGCUGGCUCAACUCGCCCAACAGCUACACCAAGGUCAGCGUGGAGGGUGGAGAGGAGCGCUACAACAGCCGGACAACCACGUGGAUGAAGGCAGAGGAGACGGGAACCCCGAUCCGGAUCGAGGACCCCAAUCAGUUUGUCCCUCUCAACACAAACCCCAGUGAGGUGCUGGAGAAGAGGAACAAAAUCAGAGAGCAGAACCGGUUUGAUGUGAUGACGUCAGGGCCGCGUUCUCAGCACCUUGCAGGCAUCCCUGUUGAUGCACCACGACGGGAUCUGGUGCAGAUAAAAGUUCUGCCAUACGUGCCCACAGAGGAGGAGCAGAUGGCUCCCCUGCCUCCCAACCCCUUCAGUGAGCUGUUAGAGAAGGACAUGGAGGAGUACCACAAGAACGUGGAGAGGAGGCAACUGGGACUCAGUGAUGGAGAGCACGAGCUAACCUCCGACGACGGCUCCACUCUCUCUCAGUCUCUGUCUCUCACCCAGUCCCCGCAAAGCACUCCAGCUAAAGAAGAUAACCACACGGGCCUGAUGAAUGGCAAAGACAACCACGGCGAUGGGGAUGAGGAGCUUUCCAAGCGCGUCAGCCAGCUGACCACCAGCGUGGAGAGCGUGGAGAUCACGGUGCGCUCCAGCGAGAAGAUCGAGGAGGCACUGUCCCCCGAGAGCUCGCCCUCCAAGUCGCCCAACACCAAGAAGAAGAAGAAGUUCCGCACCCCGUCCUUCCUGAAGAAGAACAAAAAGAAAGAGAAGAUGGAGGCCUGAGAGCAGACAGGCAGCAGGGGCAAGGCAGGCAGGAAGACCGUCUGCUCAGAAGAAGAAAGAGGGGCAGCAGCCACCUUUUCUGUUUAAUGUCUGUGUUUUUAUUUUGUCUCCGUUUUCAAUGUCCUUUUAUGUUUUUAAUUUUAUUUGAAUUUUUUAACAAAAGGUUUUAUGUGCAUAAGGAAGAAGAAUGGAUUACAUUAAAAAUGAAUUGGUUUGUAACAAAAAAGACAAGAAGAGGGUGUUGGGUGUCUACACCUGAUCACUUAUGCAGUAGUCUAACAGGGCUCCUUGGAAGCUGUAAAGUGUCAUUUGAGGCCAUUUAGAUCCUGAAUAACUGGCUCCUCCUGUGUUGUUUCCCAGGCUGAAAAUAGAACUUGAAACCACCUUGCAUAUUUCUUGCUUAAAAAUCCAAUUUUAUUAAAUGAUUGGAUUGCAACAUGGAUCUUGUAAAACUGCACAAGUUGAAACUAAACCUUUUUUUUUUUUUGUCAAGACUCCCCCGGUCUUUUAAGGUUUUGUUUUUACAUUCUGGUCACCUGACUCUGGGUAGGGAACUGAGAGGCCACAUGAAAUUUGAAGUCACACUGGAAAACUGGUCUCAGAAAAACAGCCACAGGGUUUGUGUUGAUUUAUUUACUGUGAGAGAAGUUUCCUCUCUGGCUCGCUCUCUCACACUCUUCAAACUUCUUUAAGUGCAGGCUUCUGAUACAAACCUUCUCUUCAGCUGAUUGUAGUUGAACUACAGAUGAGUUCAAGGGUUACUAGACUGGACGAGAUAGUGAGGAUGAAGGCUGUCGGCCUAUCACAACUAAGUUGACCUUAUCUCAAAGAGCCGCUGAAUCACUCAGAAUAUUUAUGUAGCAUUUUCAUAUCUUCUCCUCUUCAUCUCAGUGUUUUUUGUUUUUUUUGCCAAACUAAAUGGAAGAAAAGAAGAAACAAUCUCAAUUUAGUAAAGCGUUACUGUUUGUGUCUAGUUUGUCAUCUCAUGAAAUUUGAUCUUUUUUUAUUAAACACAAAUUUGGUAUUAGUCAACUCUGUUUUGUACUCGUUUCUAAGCUUUUACAGAGAAUACAGAUGUUACGCAUGUUUUCUCUUUUUGCAAGAACUGAAUUUAUAUGGCUGACUAUGUUCUGUAGUGAUGCCUGAUUGCUCAAAUUAUAUUCUAAUCUUCAGAGUACACAAAUUUACUAUAUAACACAGAUAUAUGAAAACUGGAUAUGUUGGCUAUAGAUUUUUAACUAUAUUUUAUUUUAUUGUGCUGCACUUUUCUUGUGGUAUAUAUAUAACACAUUUUAGUUGCAGGUGGUUUCACCAGUGAAGGAGAUUGUGAAGUAUUUGGUAAAAGUUGCGCAAGUAGCAAGCCAGGCAUGGUGUUGGAGAAAGGUCAGGACCCAGAAAGUCAGAAUGAAGUGAGAAAGAAUAGUCUUUCAUUGGUGUCACACAUGAGAAAUGAUCUCUACUUCUCAACUCAAAAAAAAUAAAAGAAAGUGUAGUGCUGAAAUACCACAUCAAACUAUCUGCAGUCAUCAGCUGAAAUGAGAACCAUGGGUCAUGGAGUGGGUUUUUUGUUGGUGUGUUUGUGUGUGUUUUUAAAGCCAUAUUGUAAUUUUUUUCCUCCAUUAUUUUUACCGAUGAGACAAGGGUUGCGAUUCUCGUCUGCCUGCUCGGGCGUCAAGGACCCUAACGAGACCUCUGUUAAAUCACCCCAGUGACUGCACCCCUCAGGCUCCCUAAAACUCAACUUUAUUUUUUCUCAGUAGCUACAUUCACAGCAGCUACGCUUCCUCGCCUAAUUUGCCAUUUAUUUCCUCCUGGGACUGGAACAUUAUAAGGAGGUCAUAUGGUCAUUUUAUUUUUAUUUGAUCGCUCUGCGAGCCCGGUCACCAUUUCAGUUUCAGCCUUCCCUCAUGUAAUUUCUCUAGUAAACACAAUUGUGUUGUAACUGUCAGAUGACCCACAGUUGAACUCUGCAAAGCCAAAGUGUGAUGGGCUGCCACAUAUCCUCCCCCCGCAGUUUAACCAGAUGUACCAAUAUCCCAGCUAGCAAUGUGAAGUAUUGGAUUUGGAGGGAGGGAGGGAGGGAGGGUUUAGGGACACAUCUUUAGCUGUGUUAAACGAUAGCUUUUGGCUCUGGGCAAAGAGCCGAGGUCACACAACUGAAAGAUGGAGAAGGGAGGUGUGAGUUUGGAAAUGGAAGUACAUAUGUGUGUGUAGUAGAGAGGGGCAGGGGGUAAGGACAACCUGACACUAACGCACCAUGUUUUUAUCAGUCUUUUUCUUUCAUACAAUCUCUCCUCCUGGAAAGUUUUUCAUCCUCCAUUUGUAUCGCAGUACACUUUCUUUUUUCUUUUAGUUUGCAGAGAGCACUAGGCUUUUUUUAUUAACCAUUUUAUGAGCAUAAAUUGCUCCCAGGUGAACUGAAUGUGCAUUGCAUCCUUUUUAUUUUCUCCUUUUCUGUUUCCGACUGUUUGCACCUAAUGCCUCUCUAUCCACCUUUUUUUCUGUUUUAAAAAAAGAACAAGCUUUGCUUUGGCAUGCCAGAAUGAGCCAAGCUACUUUGUGACCUGUGAAAAUCCUAUAUAAAUGGUUAUCUAAUGGAGUUGCUUUUAGAUGUAUUGCUAAUCAGUGUAAAUUCACAAAUAAAACUGUAUUUUAAGAAA